AUGGGUUUACUUCACAAUUCACAAGUAAGCGCCAAAGCAUUUGAAAAAGUGCAAAUUAUAUUAGUUUCAAAAGUUGUUCAAGAUUUCCAAUCGUGUAGCCUAUGCAGUCAAAAAAAUUUUAAAAAUCAUCAACUAAUAAAACAAUUAUUUCGUCACCUCAGCUACAAAGAUUCAACGACUGCAUCGCACAGACAAACACAGCUGCAUGGCUACGUCGAAGGGAUUUUGAGACAUAGACACUAUACAGACAGUAAUCGAAUAAGUUCAACAGUCUUAAAGAAUAAACCAGUGACGACGAUACGAAGCGCAUCACGCAAUAAAUUAAAAUCGUCUCACGUUUCACUCCAUCGAAGGGACUACAACUGCAAAAUAAAGCGAAAAAAACGUUUCGACUGA